AUGGACCUGCGCGCUCAUAUCUCCCCACGGCCUGGAUCGAGUUUAAAUUCUGAUAGGCUCCUGAAGGUGGACAUUCAGUAUGAUGGUGUGGAGAAUCAGCAACACUUUAGCCCGGCUUUUAACAUAGGCUCCUCGCAGCAGACCCGCAUUCCAGCUGUUCUUCGCUUGAGCGAUGCAAAUGAAGCUGGACCAAGUAAUGUUCUGGUCAACACUGCUAAACCUCCUACCUCAAAAGCAGCAGGCAAAAGGAAAGUUACCAAGACUACGCCCAAAACCCCUGCCAGGAGGAACAACAAGGCCGUUUUGCCAGGCAUUAAACUCAAGACAACCAUGGUAGUAGCGAUUCUUCUCGUAACUCCUCUAAGAGAGGUGGCUCGGAUUUUCGGCCCCCUCCACCUGCUCUUCCUUAGUGAUUAUGAGUUGGAAUUGUCAAGGGCUGGGAAACCCCUUUACAAUUCGUCGUCUACGGGAACUGAUUCAGUUGAUCUGAAAGUACUGGAAUCUGUAACCAAUCUGAUCGAUACUGAGGUUACGUUCAAGGGAGCCUCCUCGUUCGUUUCCUUUAUUUACGGAGCUCCGGCGGUGGAGAAUCGCUCUGCUUUCUGGACAAAGCUCUCACAAGUUGGAUUGGGUAGGGAUUCCCCGUGGCUUUUAUCUGGUGAUUUCAAUGAGAUUCUUGACAAUUCCGAAAAGGUUGGAGGCCCCUUACGUUGGGAAGGUUCUUUUACAGCAUUCAGGUCUUUUGUCUCCCAAAACGGACUGUGGGAUUUAAAACACUCGGGUAAUAAGUUGUCGUGGAGAGGCAACAGAUAUUCUCACUUCAUCCGCUCUCGACUUGAUCGCUCACUCGUCAACUGCUCUUGGAGUGAACUCUUCCCUAUAGGGCGCAGUAGUUACUUGAGGUUUGAGGGGUUUGACCAUCGGCCUCUUAUCACCUACUUUGGUAAGAGUUUGCCGAAGAGACGCGGGGUGUUCAGAUUUAAUAGGAGGAGUAUCAUCAAAUGGGCUAAAGAACAGAAUGAGAAGAGUAAUGUCAUUAUAGCAAAGGCGCAAAAGGAACUCGAAACUGCUCUGUCCUCUGCUGUCCCCGAUCCCCAUCUUAUUGAUACACUGACUACUACCCUAAGUUCAGCCUACAAAGAAGAGGAACAAUUCUGGUUGCAACGUAGCAGAAUUCAGUGGCUCAAAGAGGGUGAUCGAAAUACUGGGUUUUUCCACGCUAUAACUAGACAGCGAAGACUGAUCAACUCUUUCUCUGUUAUAGAGAAUAAACAUGGUAAUGAAGUUCAUGAUGAGGCACAGAUUGCGACUGUGUCAUUGCUGAGUACUUUCAGGAGAUCUUCACCACCACAAGCGAGAAUGACUUCUCUGCAUUUUUCGGAGGAUGUGUGCCGGGAUAUUAAGCAGUUCUUCAUCUCUGAUACGCUUCACCCGCAGCAAAACGAGACGCAUAUCCGCCUUAUUCCUAAGAUCACCGGACCACGCUCUGUCUCUGACUAUAGGCCCAUUGCUCUGUGCUCCACUCAUUAUAAGAUUAUUGCAAAAAUCUUAUCUAAGAGGCUCAGACCACUGCUGCCAAACCUCAUCUCCACCUCACAGUCAGCGUUCGUUGCAGGAAGGGCGAUAGGCGAUAACGUGUUGAUCACUCAUGAGACAUUGCACUUCCUACGAACCUCGGAGGCAAAGAAACGAUGUGCCAUGGCGGUAAAGACGGAUAUGAGCAAGGCCUACGAUCGUCUCGAGUGGGGAUUCAUCGAGGCGAAUCUUUCUCACAUGGGGUUCGCGGAGCGAUGGAUUAAUUGGGUAAUGAGUUGCAUUAAGACGGUCUCGUACUCUUUCUUGAUUAAUGGAUCCCCACAAGGCAUUGUUAUACCAUCCCGUGGAAUACGGCAAGGCGAUCCUUUAUCACCUUAUAUCUUCAUCCUUUGUACGCAAGUUCUCUCCUCUCUUUGUGAUCACGCUAUGGAGGAUGGAUCUUUGUCUGGAGUUAGAGUUUCGAGACACAGUCCGGCUUCAAACCCGGCUACCGUCUCCACACUUGCAGCGAUCCUGACCCAAUAUGAGACCUUGUCGGGACAGAAGAUAAACUUUGCCAAAUCCACUAUCACCUUCUCAGCCAGAACUCCUCCGGAAGUGAAAAUAGAGAAGAGAGAUAUUUUUGCCUCCAUUGUGGACAGAGUCCGGCAGAAAGCAUUCAGUUGGACAUCGCGGUUCUUAUCCGGUGCUGGCAAGCAGGUUCUCCUCAAGGCUGUUCUUGCCGCAAUGCCGUGCUAUGCUAUGUCGUGCUUUAAGAUCCCACUAUCAUUGUGUAAACAGAUCCAAUCGGUUCUUACACGUUUCUGGUGGGAUGCGAACCCGGAGAAGAGGAAAAUGUGUUGGGUUGCUUGGGAUACUCUAAUCCUUCCGAAACAUGCUGGCGGUCUAGGCUUUCGCGAUAUUGAGACAUUCAAUGAUGCAUUACUAGAAAAGAUAGGAUGGAGGUUACUCAAAGACCCGACAUCUCUUGUGGCUCGGGUUUUACUUGGUAAGUAUGCUUGGAAUUCAUCGUUUAUGGACUGCAAGUCUCCGGCAGUGGCGUCCCAUGGGUGGAGGAGUAUUUUGGUAGGAAGAGAGCUUCUGCGGAAAGGACUCGGAUGGAUAGUUGGGAAUUGA